GUAGCUAAAAUUAAGAAUUUUCACACUAAAAAGGCCAUUACUAUAAUGCUAUGGCAUGUUCACUGACAUUUCCCACUUUCCCCAAUUCCCACCAGAGACAAGAAGGGCAUGAGGAGGGGGAACCAGAGCAGCGUGUCCGAGUUUCUCCUCCUGGGGCUCCCCAUCCGGCCACAGCAGCGGUGCGUGGUCUUCGCCCUGUUCCUGGGCGUGUACCUGACCACGGUGCUGGGGAACCUGCUCAUCAUCCUGCUCAUCAGGCUGGACUCUCGCCUCCACACCCCCAUGUACUUCUUCCUCAGCCACUUGGCCUUCACCGACGUCUCUUUUUCAUCUGUCACCAUCCCUAAGAUGCUGAUGGACAUGCACACUGAGUACAAAUUCAUCCCCUAUGCAGGGUGCAUUUCACAGAUAUAUUUUUUCAUACUUUUUGGUUGUUUUGAUAAUUUCCUUCUUGCAGUGAUGGCCUAUGACAGGUAUGUGGCCAUCUGUCAGCCACUUCACUACACCACCAUCAUGAGGGAGGAGCUGUGCAUCUCCUUAGUAGCUGGGUCCUGGGUCUUCUGUUGUAUCCAUGCCCUGUUGCACACCCUCCUCUUGGUCCAACUGUCCUUCUGUGCUGACAAUACCAUCCCCCAUUUCUUCUGUGACCUCACUGUGCUCCUCAAGUUGAGCUGCUCGGACAUCUCCCUCAAUGAGCUGGUCAUCUUCACUGAGGGAGGAACGCUGUUCAUCCUGCCUUUGAGUAGUAUCUUAGCCUCAUACAUUCAUAUAGGGACUACCAUCCUGAGGGUCCCCUCCACUAAGAGACUCUUUAAAGCUUUUUCCACCUGUGGCUCCCAUCUCUUUGUGGUGUCUUUAUACUAUGGGACACUUGCUGGUGUUUACUUUUUCUCCUCAUCAUGGGACUCCAAUAACAAAGACAUGAUUGCUUCAGUCAUGUAUACAGUAGUUACUCCCAUGCUGAACCCUUUCAUCUAUAGCCUCAGGAACAGAGAUAUAAAACAGGCCCUAGAAAUAGUUGUCAAUAGGGCUAACUUGUUGAAGUGA